AAAAAAGCUUGAAUUCUGUUCAGCGUUUUAUAAGGAUGAAAACUGAAGUGGGAAAAGGUUGUAAAACCCUUUGACUCUCCAUGGUGGAGUGGCUCGUUUCUCCAGCUGCCUCAAGUUCAUGUUCACAGGGUUAUUGACUGCAGAUUGCAAUUACCAUGUCUGAUGCAGUAAUUCUUCGCAGUGUGAAGAAAUUUGGAGAGGACAAUUAUGGUUUUGAGUCAAACACAUUCUAUAAUAAUGACAAGAAUUCAAGGUUACAAGAUGAGAGGAAAGGUGACAGCAGCCAAGUUGGCUUCUUUCAAUUGUUUCGAUUUUCUUCAACGACUGACAUUUGGCUGAUGUUUGUGGGAAGUUUAUGUGCGUUUCUCCAUGGACUAUCCCAUCCAGGCGUGCUGCUCAUUUUUGGCACAAUGACAGAUGUUUUUAUUGCAUAUGACACUGAAUUACAAGAACUCAAGAUCCCUGGAAAAGCGUGUGUAAACAACACUAUAGUCUGGAUCAACAGCUCCCUUAACCAGAAUGUGACAAAUGGAACACAGUGUGGGUUGCUGGACAUUGAGAGUGAAAUGAUCAAAUUCGCCAGUUACUACGCUGGAAUCGCUUUGUUAGUACUCAUCACAGGAUAUAUUCAAAUAUGCUUUUGGGUGAUUGCUGCAGCUCGUCAGAUACAGAAAAUGAGAAAAAUUUCCUUUAGGAAAGUAAUGCGAAUGGAAAUAGGAUGGUUCGACUGCAAUUCAGUGGGAGAGUUGAAUACAAGAUUUUCUGACGAUAUUAACAGAGUCAAUGAUGCCAUUGCCGACCAAAUGCCCAUUUUCAUUCAGCGCAUGACCACGAGCAUCUGUGGCUUCCUAUUGGGAUUUUACCAGGGUUGGAAACUGACCUUGGUCAUUAUCUCUGUGAGCCCUCUCAUCGGGAUUGGAGCAGCCAUCAUUGGUCUGAGUGUGUCCAAGUUUACUGACUAUGAAUUGAAGGCCUAUGCCAAAGCAGGGUCAGUGGCAGAUGAAGUCAUUUCAUCUAUGCGAACAGUGGCUGCUUUUGGUGGUGAGAAAAAAGAGGUUGAAAGGUACGAGAAAAAUCUUGUGUUUGCCCAGCGUUGGGGAAUUAGAAAAGGGAUCGUGAUGGGAUUCUUUACUGGAUUCAUGUGGUGUCUCAUCUUCCUCUGUUAUGCAUUGGCCUUCUGGUAUGGCUCCAAACUUGUCUUAGAGGAUGGAGAAUAUACAGCAGGAACCCUUGUCCAGAUUUUCCUCAGUAUUCUAUUAGGAGCUUUAAAUCUUGGCAAUGCAUCUUCUUGUCUGGAAGCCUUUGCAACUGGGCGUGCAGCAGCCACCAGCAUUUUUCACACAAUAGACCGGAAACCCAUCAUUGAUUGCAUGUCAGAGGAUGGCUACAAGCUGGAUCGAAUUAAGGGUGAAAUUGAAUUCCAUAAUGUGACUUUCCACUAUCCUUCCAGACCAGAGGUGAAGAUUUUAAAUAACCUCAGCAUGGUCAUUAAGUCAGGGGAGAUGACAGCUGUGGUAGGAUCCAGCGGAUCUGGGAAGAGCACAGCCCUGCAGCUUAUUCAGCGUUUCUAUGACCCCAGUGAAGGCAUGGUAACUUUGGAUGGCCAUGACAUUCGCUCUCUUAAUAUUCAGUGGCUUAGAGCUCAGAUUGGGAUAGUGGAGCAAGAGCCUGUUUUGUUCUCCACCACCAUUGCAGAGAACAUUCGCUAUGGCAGAGAAGAUGCAACGAUGGAAGAUAUAGUUCGAGCUGCCAAGGCAGCCAACGCCUACAACUUCAUCAUGGACCUGCCACAGCAAUUUGACACUCUUGUUGGAGAAGGAGGAGGCCAGAUGAGUGGUGGCCAGAAACAAAGAGUAGCCAUUGCCAGAGCCCUUGUCCGAAACCCCAAGAUCCUGCUUUUGGACAUGGCCACCUCAGCACUGGACAAUGAGAGUGAAGCCAUGGUACAAGAGGCGCUGAAUAAGAUUCAGCAGGGACAUACGAUCAUUUCGGUUGCUCAUCGCCUGUCCACAGUCAGAACUGCAGAUGUCAUUAUUGGUUUUGAACACGGCACAGCAGUGGAAAGAGGCAGCCAUGAGGAACUGUUGGAAAGGAAAGGGGUUUACUUCACUCUGGUGACUUUGCAGAGUCAAGGCGAGCCGACUGCUAAUGCAGAAGGCAUAAGGGGAGAAGAAGAAACUGAUGGGGUCUCACUUGACAACGAACAGACCUUUUGCAGAGGGAGCUACCAGUCUAGUUUAAGAGCUUCACUCCGACAACGCUCCAAGUCUCAGCUUUCUUACCUGGCACAUGAACCUCCACUAGCUGUUGUAGAUCAUAAGUCUACUUAUGAAGAAGACAGAAAGGACAAGGACAUUCCUGUGGAAGAAGAAAUUGAACCUGCCCCCGUUAGGAGGAUUCUGAAAUUCAAUGCUCCAGAGUGGCCCUACAUGCUGUUUGGGGCCGUGGGUGCUGCUGUCAAUGGGUCGGUCACACCGCUUUAUGCCUUUUUAUUCAGCCAGAUUCUUGGGACUUUUUCGCUUCCUGAUAAAGAAGAACAAAGGUCACAGAUCAAUGGUGUGUGCCUGCUGUUUGUAGCAGUGGGCUGUGUAUCCCUUUGCACUCAGUUUCUGCAGGGAUAUGCUUUUGCUAAAUCUGGAGAACUCCUCACAAAAAGGCUGCGUAAAUAUGGUUUCAGAGCAAUGUUAGGGCAAGACAUUGGCUGGUUCGAUGACCUCAGAAAUAGCCCCGGGGCAUUAACAACAAGGCUUGCUACGGAUGCCUCCCAAGUUCAAGGGGCAGCCGGCUCUCAAAUCGGGAUGAUUGUCAAUUCCUUCACUAACGUCACUGUGGCCAUGAUCAUUGCCUUCUUCUUUAGCUGGAAGCUAAGCCUGGUCAUAAUGUGCUUCUUCCCCUUCUUGGCUUUAUCGGGAGCCUUACAGACCAGAAUGUUGACAGGAUUUGCCACCCAGGACAAGGAGGCUCUGGAGAUCGCUGGCCAGAUUACAAAUGAAGCUCUCAGUAAUAUCCGCACUGUUGCUGGAAUUGGAAAAGAGAGGCAGUUUAUUGAAGCAUUUGAGGCUGAGCUGGAGAAGCCAUUCAAGACAGCCUUUCGAAAAGCCAAUGUUUAUGGAUUCUGCUUUGGUUUUUCCCAGUGCAUAGUGUUUGUUGCCAAUUCUGCUUCCUACAGAUACGGAGGUUACUUAAUUCCCAAUGAGGGGCUCCAUUUCAGCUAUGUGUUCAGGGUGAUCUCUUCAGUUGUGCUGAGCGCGACAGCUCUUGGAAGAGCCUCCUCUUACACCCCCAGUUAUGCCAAAGCUAAAAUAUCAGCUGCACGCUUUUUUCAACUGCUGGAUCGACAACCCCCAAUCAAGGUGUACAGUAGUGCAGGUGAAAAGUGGGACAACUUCCAGGGCCAGGUUGACUUUGUCGACUGUAAAUUUACAUAUCCUUCUCGACCUGAUACGCAAGUUCUGAAUGGUCUCUCGGUAUCCGUUCGUCCAGGCCAAACGCUGGCCUUUGUGGGAAGCAGUGGAUGUGGCAAAAGCACCAGUAUCCAGCUGUUGGAACGUUUCUAUGACCCUGACCAAGGGAAGGUGAUGAUAGAUGGGCAUGACAGCAGAAAAGUCAAUGUCCAGUUUCUCCGCUCGAACAUUGGGAUUGUUUCCCAGGAACCAGUGUUGUUUGCCUGUAGCAUAAUGGACAAUAUCAAGUAUGGGGACAACACCAGAGAAAUUCCCAUGGAAAAAGUCAUAGAAGCCGCAAAGCAGGCACAGCUGCAUGACUUUGUCAUGUCACUCCCAGAGAAAUAUGAAACUAAUGUUGGGUCCCAAGGGUCUCAACUAUCUCGAGGAGAGAAACAACGUAUUGCUAUUGCUCGGGCCAUUGUACGAAAUCCUAAAAUCUUGCUACUAGAUGAAGCUACUUCUGCCCUGGACACAGAAAGUGAAAAGACGGUGCAGGUUGCCCUGGACAAAGCCAGAGAAGGUCGGACCUGCAUUGUCAUCGCUCAUCGUUUGUCUACCAUCCAAAACUCAGAUAUCAUUGCUGUCAUGUCACAGGGGACAGUGAUUGAAAAGGGGACCCAUGAAGAACUGAUGGCCCAGAAAGGAGCCUACUACAAACUAGUUACCACAGGAGCCCCCAUCAGUUGACCUGACUUAAGAAUUUCAUAUACAAAUGAUACACCAAUUACAGGAGUACCAUGGUUUUUUUUCUUCAAGGAGAAAUGAUAUUUUGCUUUUACAGACAUUAUCAUCUGUUGGGAUCCAGGCUAAUUUCUAAUGACCUUCAAUAAUAAUUUAGUUUUAAAAAAUCUGUAUAUAGAAAAUGAAAGAAACUAGGGUUAGUGUGAGUGAAAUUCCAAUGUCAAGCAGACGCUCAGCCAUUACCCAGUGGCUUUCUCCAUCCAGAAGCUAGUCCCAAUUACUAUAUGGGAAUUAACAAGAAGUCAUAGAGUAAAUGAGACUUUUAAUUCCUCAAGGGCAGAGGAUUAUCCUUUGCAUAUUUGAAACUUCAGUGUUCACAGAGCCUAGUGCACUUAUAAUAAGCACUCAGUGAAUGUUUAUCAAACUGGACCAAGGUCAUAUGCAAAAAGACCAGGAGGAUUGACAACCAUCUAUUUCUUGACUUAGGUUUUCUUGCAAGUGAAAGCAGAUCCAUUCAUCUCUAAAGAUGGGGAUUGGAAAAGGAGGACUUUAAUACUCUGGAUGCUCUCAGUCUGGGAAAGGCAGAAAGGAGCAAGUAUUUGUAAGGACUUACCAGUUAGGAAUGUGGAUUUAUAGAUUCAGGGUAUAAGAGGUGGGUGGAGAAGUCAUCACUUACAGGACUAGAAUCUGCCAAUGUGGCUUUUUUGUAUAAAACCAAAUGAAGCUACAAAAGGUAAAAUGCAAUUUUUUCAUUUCAUGAAUAGACUUUGGAGAAACAAAGGACAGCAAUCUGGGAUAAAAGCUCUAUCCCAGAUCUUUAAUCCUUGUCACCACCCUCCACUUCUAUUGCUUGUAUGAAAACAGAAGUACAAACCCCACUCCUGAAGCAGGAUGGCUGGCCUUCUCUAAAUGUCUAGCAAAAGACUGGAUGGGGAAGCUCACUGAGAAGCUUGGACUUAGAGACACUAGUCACAUUUGAACGGGUAGCUAACAUACAAGAGACAAGGAGAUUGAAUAGAAAGCUAUAUAUGAACAGAAAAAAAUUCCAGCCCCCUCCUUCUCUAGCAGGAGAUUUUAGGAGUAGCCUCUGGGGAAACUGGCUAAUUCAAGAAAAGAGACCAAUCAGACCAAUUCCUGAGAUACUCCAAAGAAACUCCCCAACCAGAUAACUACUGUGAAGCCCCACCAGCCAACAUGUACCCACUGGCUUUCCAGUGUCUCAUUUUUCCAUAUGAAUAGACCAUCAAGAAUCACCAGGCAUUGAGGAAAUAUUGUAACAUAAAAAGCAAAAUGACAACAAUAGAAUGCCCAGAACAAGGGUGUUAGAGGUAACAGAGCCAAUGCAAAGAUUCAGAAAACAUUCAAAGAAUGCUAACAAAUUUACAUAAUGAGAUGAGAAGAUAUUCCUAUCUAUUUAAAUAAAAACAAGAGUUCAUAAAAACGAACAUACCAAAAAAAAAAAUACAAGAAAGAGCUCUUGAUAACAGAAAUGAAAAAUUCAGUAGCAGUUCCUAUCACAUUGCCCUACUAUCAAGAUGUCUUUCUAUUCUCUCUCUUUCUCAAAUGCACUUAAAGCAUAGAUUUUUUUUUUCUCCUAUGGCCAACAAUUGAAAUUCUGCCUACAAAUUAAGCCUAAGCUCUUGCUUAUUGAGGUAUGUUAUUUAUGUGUCUGUCCGGUGUUUCCUAGUAAAUAACCAUAAACAUGGUUUAGCAAGUUAACUAGUUAGAUCAGAAGAAUUGAUGGUUGCCAACUCAGGGAGGGAGAGGAUGGAGGACAGUACUCUAGGUAAGUCAUAAAAAAUGGCAGGGACAAGUACACUACAGAAUAAAGAUGCCUGCAAGAAGGAAUUAAAUUUUGCAGUAUGCAUGUGCUCAUCCUGUAAUAUUGAAGAAAGAAGACCAAAAUCCAUUAGUGUAAGUGUGCAUUUCAAAGAAGAACAUAAGCUCUGUGCCGGGAGGCUGCCAGUUUUCUGGAGUGGAAUGUGUGGGGUGUAAAAAAUGAAUGCAUAAUAAUUAUUUUUCAAAUAAGGUACUUGAAAGUUAUUGAUGAGUGGGAAAAGGUCGCCGACAGAGGGUUUGACAGAAUGUGGGAAAACAAUUGUCUCUUGAGGCUCAGUGACAAGGCGAAGGACUAUAACCUUAAAAAUAUAGAAGUACAUAAAGUUGCAAAUUUAUUUUACAACACCAGGGAGUACCAAUAUUUCUGUAUCUAUCCCACAUCCUAUAUCACUAGCAAGAUUUGGUCUCUGCAAAUUUUACAUUAUUAGUGUUUCUCAGAUAACAGGGGUACUUGCAUUCUCUGUUCUGUCUGACACUUAUCUCAAGUCUUUCUGUAAUUUCUAAUGUUUUUCAGGAUGGAUUCAUGCUAUGAUCAAACUAAUCCCAUAACCCCGAAUAAUAAAAAAGUUUACAGGAGAAAAAAAAAUAGAAGGAUUAGAAGGUAAAGUUGGGGAAAUUUCCCUGAAGGUAGGACAAAAAUAUAGAGCCAAAAAGUAGAAAAAAAGAAAAAGAGAAAUUUUAGAGGAACAACCCAGGAGGUAUAAUAAUUAGCUAAUUGCUGUUCCAGAAAGAUUAGAGGGGAGUAGAUUAUUAAAGAGUCCAAAGAUAGUUCCUAUAACUAAAGGAUAUGAAUUUUCAACCUGAAAGGAUUCAACAAGUAUUGAAUAUAAUAAAUAAGUAAAGAUCCUCUGUGGACACACUACUAUGCAAUUUUAGAAAACUGGCCAAGGAAGAUACUCAAAUUUUCCAGGAGAGGGGGGAACAUGGUACAUAUAAUAAAGAAUCAUAAUGACAUAGGAUCUCUUGACAGUAACACUAAAAGUCAGAAGAUGUAAACAUUUGCCUUCAAAAUUCUAGGGAAAAUUAUUCCAUAUCCAGAAAACUAUUCCAUAACCAGAAAACUAUUUUGAAGAAUGAGAGAAGUCUAAAGAAACUCUCAAUCAUGUAAGGUUUCAAAACUUUCCCUCCCCAUACAUCUUUUCUCAGGAAGCCACAGGAGGGUUUUCCUAAAAUAAAAGUAAAUGAAGAGAGAGGAAGAUAUGGGACCUAGGAAACAGGUGAUGUAACUCAAGAAUGAGGUGAUGGGAAUGUCCAGGAUGAUUAGGAGGAAAAAUCCCAGGAUAACUGGUUUGCUAGAGCGAGUGAGUGGCCAGUCCAGACUGAAACAAGGAACUCAGGUUCCAUGACAGAUGUCUUUAGGAAAAACAUGAUGCUGCUAGACUGUGUAACAUUCCUCCUGCCAGAGUUUUCUGGUGAAUUAGCGAUGCGUAUACAGAAAGACAAACAGAUACGAAGAGAGACAGAGAAAGAGAGAGAGGAUUAUUAGCUAUUAGCUCUGGAGUAAAAGAAAGCUUAUACAUGAAAGGAAAUAUAUUCAUAUUACAUUGCACGACCCACUGAGAAUGUUAUUUGCAAAGCCAUGUCAAUGUUAAUGCUGAAUGCUGAUCUCAACCCAAAUUAGAGACAGGUUAUGGAAAGGGAGAGAAAAGACGUGGAGAAGAUUUGCAUAGGGGAUAGGAUAUGGGUGUAUUCCUCAUAUUCCCUGGUAGAAAUUAAACAGUUAAAAAUUUAAACAAAUACCAAUAAAACAUAUUACUUUAAGAGAGGAAGGUAAACAUAAUCUUAUAUGUCAAUUAUAUCUUAAUAAAGCUAGAAAAAAUUACAAUUUUUUUCAAAAGAUGAAAGUAAAUACCAGAAGAAAUAGCAGAAAGAUUUAUGCGCAUGUAUAUCUUUAAUUUAAAAAUAAAGUUAAAAAAAUUAAAACAAAAGGAGAAAAAUGUAGCACAGAGGCACAAUAAUUAAAACAGUAGAUACCAAAACUGGAUUUGAAAGCCACAUAACAGGAUAAGAGAGUCCAGAAAUAGAUUCACCAGGAAUUCCAUUUCUCAUAGUUUAUUUUAAAUUUCUAAUCACAAAAGUGUGCAUGGUUGUCUCUUUCUGCGUUACCCAGAAUUACUUGGAAACAAUCUAAAAGUUCAAAAAAAGAGGAUCACAGAAAAGGUAAAAUUAGUUGAGACACAUAUAUACAGUGAUGUUUACCAUGAAGCCAAUAAAAUGAU